UAGCCUCUCAGGUCCGGUCAGUCGGAAACAGAACAUUGCGCAGACAUACAGGGUAUACAUUAGCUGUGGUGCAGGUUACAUACUUAUCACGUAGAUAAGCAGUUCAGGAGAGCCAAAACCAGCCAAAAUAAUGGCCCUACUGCCGAUCACCCUGUACGGUCCAACUGGUCUGGACAUCGGCUCACCUCAGAAACUCUGCAAGAUGAAGACUGCUCUGUUUUUCCUCGUAUUCAUUGCUGUGGCUGCGGCUCAGUGGACUCCGUGGAACCCAAAUGACCCAUGUGACGACGCCGAUGACUGCCCGUUGGCGGAUGUGUACUGCUGCAUCUACAACAAAUCUCUUGGCUACAAAAAGUGUGAGCUCACACCGAUGGAGGGCUGGGCCUGCUGGCCGGAGACGGACUGCCCAUGCGCAAGCGCCGACCUGACGUGCGCCCCGAACCCGAACAGCAGCACGGGGGCUACAUGUCAAAUCAGUGGCUAAAAUCAGAACAUGCAUAUCCGCCAUGCAGAGCCUUCCAUUGUGAUACAAUCUCAAGCUAAACCGUUACCGAAUUGUAAUCUCCAAGCAGAUCUCACGGUAGCAUAAGAUAGUAUCAAAAGCUGGUAGAAGAGUGAAGCCGGCUUAGGAGUGUGUUUGCUACAAGGCAAAUGCACACCUCUUAGCUGACUACACUCCUUGGCCAGCUUAGUACUAUCUUAUGCCAUCGUAGGAUCUGCUUGGAGAUUAACCGAACUGCCCAAUUGCCCAUAUAUGGCACGAUAUUCCAUCUUUCUUUCUGUGCCGUUCACAGGGAAUCAUGCCUCCAAAUCUCAAGACAAUGUAAUUUUUCAGUUGGUUUCAUCUGAUGAUAAAUAAAAUGGAUGUGCCAUCUCA